AUCUCUGUGUGCAGGUGCAGAUCUGAAGGAGAGGGCCAAGAUGCAGCAGAGUGAAGUGGGACCGUUUGUGUCCAAAGCCAGAGCGCUCAUCACAGAGCUGGGUAACCUGCCAGUCCCAACGAUCGCUGCGAUCGAUGGAGCCGCUUUAGGAGGAGGCUUGGAAAUGGCCCUAGCCUGUGACAUCAGAAUAACCUCUAAUACUGCGAAAUUGGGUCUGGUUGAGACCAAGCUUGCUAUUAUUCCCGGAGCCGGUAAGACUUUCCUAAUUUCCAGUAAAUCACUUUCUGUUGUCUGCACCCACUACCCUUCAUGGUCUGCAACGAGUUGGAGAUAUUUUUUAAAACGUUGGGAUUUAGAAACUAUUUAAAAAGAGAAUGCAUGA